UGACACGCGUCCAACGGGGGAGACUUACUUGAAAUAGAUUCAUUCGAUUACGUACAUUAGAAACGUCGUUAAAUCGCAGUAUUUCUCUAAUUUAAUUUAAAUUCAAGUGCUUACAAUAUGUGUGCCACAAAGUGCUCAAUUGAUCUGUUGAUAUCGCUGCUCCUCUUGAUGUCCACUAUAUCCAACGCCGAACUCAAUUUUAACAAUGAUCUUGACAAUCAGAAAUUUAAAAGUAUCCCCACAACCAUAAAAACCUAUGAAAACGACACCGUCCUCCUGCCGUGUUAUUCGGACAUUCCAUUACAGUAUGUGCGCUGGCAUAGGGAUAAUGUGCCGUUGGUGGAUUCGCGACAUCCCGAGGUUCUGCCUCCGGAACGCAUUGUGCUCUGGUCGAAUGGCAGUUUGCAGGUGUCCAAUGUUAAGGCAGAGGAUACCGGCGACUACUACUGCGAGAUCAUGUCGAACAACAAUCAAGCCGUGCAAUUGCACGCGAUUGAAGUGCAGUAUGCGCCCAGUGUGGCCACAGAACCCAGCGGCAUCUUGGAGCUGGCCAUUGGGGCCACCUUUGAGGUGGUCUGCCUGGCCCAGGGUGUGCCCCAGCCGGCAAUCAGUUGGCGACUAAACGGCAACUCUUUGGACCAAUACAGCAAUGCGGCCAAUCGCCAGAGUCACAUCUUUGAGAUCAAGUCGCGGAACAUGGCAGGAUUGAUCGAGUGUCUGGCAGUCAACGGAGUGGGUCAACCAGCUGUCGCAGGCGUCUAUCUUCAUGUACUCUUUGCUCCUGAGCUAUCAUUGCCGCAAUCUGUGGUAUACACCAAAGUCGGAGAUCGCGCUCAGUUAGAGUGCAUAGUGGAAUCGGCACCGCUGGCGACACUUCAGUGGUUCCAUCACGGCGUGCCCGUUCAAUUCGGCGCCCAGAUACACAGCCAGGAGAUGGAGAUGCGGGUCAGUCAAUCCCAGGACAGCUACGUCAGUCUCAUCAAGCACGUGCUGAUCGUGAGAAAGGUACGCGAUUCGGACAUGGGACAGUACGAGUGCCGAGCCAGUAACUCCAUUGGCUUCAAGAGCGCCACCGUCGAGCUAACUGGACGCCCAAUGCCCUGUGUCUUCAAAAUCAAUCCCGGCACUCAGAGCUCCACGUCCCAUGUGCUCGUUUGGCAAACCGAGAGCAUGCUGCCGAUUAUGGAGUUUAAACUCAAAUUCCGACAGAUUCCAUCAGGAAAUUUAACUAAGCCCGUCAGAACCAACUGGACGGAGCUGACAAUUCCAGCUCAAGUUACCAUUGGUCCAAUUUACAUCACAUCCUAUACUCUGCAUGGCUUGCAGCCUGCCAGUCUCUUUGAGGUCUCAGUGCUGGCCAGGAACAGCUUUGGCUGGAGCGACAACAGCAAGAUUGUGCGGUUUGCAACUGGCGGCGAAGUUGAACUGCCCAAUUAUUCGACGGAAUCGGAGUUGCAAUAUGAUGCAACGGAGGAGGUCUUUGAUAAUGAGAUAACCCCGAGAUCUCACGUAUUCACAGCGAGCAUGAUUCACAAUGGCGCAGUUAGCCGUGUUUACGGUGUCUUGACCUAUAUAACGAUAUUUUUACAAAUUUGUCUCGCAAUGCAUUACACAUAAAAUAUCUUAUACUAGUAAUUUGUACUGAUUUCAAUGUUCCCAAAAAUAAAUAUAUAGUAUGACAAAAUCGUAUUCUAGAGUAACUUUGUCAAUUAUAA